UGGAAUUACCUGCUAUCUUUGAUGUACGCUGUUUUUAAAACCCGGAUAUCCAUCCUAGCUCAAACGCCUCCACCGCAAAUAUGCCUUCUUCUGUUAGUUCACAGGACACCUCCAUAAACCAGAAAUGUCAAGUUACGACAUAGCAAGCAUUGAGGCGUGUAUGGACUACAUGGUCUCUGAGUUAGGCCGGCUGUAUGUUCCACAAGAGGCCAGCUUGUUUGGUCUUCUGAGCCAGUGCCUUGCCAAGUUCAACGACACGUUCGCUAUCGACGACAGGCAGGGAGUUCUCUCAGGCCCGUCUGGUCUGGAGCGGAUUUUAAACUCCAUCUUCGAUACCGAUUCCCGUGCCUUUGUCACGGACAAGUCCCUACGCAUCCUGGCCGGACUCGACGACCACGACAAGGCCUGCUUGCUUGUUCAGGCUGUAGCCGGCAUGGCCUUGGUCUUCCGGCGACUUGCUUCGGCAUCGGCAGACCUGACGCCCAGGUUAUUCUCGAGAGAACUCCAGCUGUUUGCCGAGAGCGAGCAGCGACGAAGUAUGCUGGAGCAGGUUGGGGGCACCUCCUUGUUUAGCUCAUGCUAUACCAGGAGUGUCAUGGUGGACUUUCUGGCGGCCGUGGUCGAGGAGCGGGAGACUGCCCACAACGAGGUUCCGUCGGCGAACUUCGUCACCGAGGACUUCCUCAGCGACAAUGUUGCCUCGGAACGGCCAUGCAAAAAUAUGGGGCUGCCGUGGGGAUUCACCAUCAUGGCCAUCAACUGAGGAAGGGAUGCCACGAAUCGAGGGUCAUAACUGUACAAUAUCAUUAUAAUCUCCAUUCUGGGCGUAGAGCGCGGCGUUUGGGGGUAUAUUUUCAUUGUUAGCAAUAUAGGUUAUCCGCAUUUUAAUGACACAUCUCCACGACCAAAUCUUUCUUGGAACAUUUUCCAAGAGAUUACUUCUUGUUUUGGGGGGCAAACGACAUUACGUAUCCUAGGAAU